GUUGUGUAGAGUGCAGCGGCGGACGACAGUUGUACAGCGAAAAUUUUAUUCAUGGCGUCUAUCGUUUUAAAAAGUUUGUCUAUAUUCUUAGGAUUGUUCUUCAUAUUUGUUGGGAUUAUGAAGAUUACACCCUACAUCAGCAAAGAACUUCAUAAGGAUUUGCGACAAGAAUAUGUAAAAUAUGCCAAAAUUAUACCAUUAGCACGCUGGCUGAAUGUAAAAAUACCUUCAAAAUGGUAUCGCCGUAUAGUUGGUGGCCUUGAAAUUGUCUGUGGCAUUGCUCUUACAUUCAUCCCACAUCGUCGUACAAAGCAGUUAGCUAACUGGAUUCUACUUUCUUUAAUGAUUGCUGCAAUUUCCUUGCAUUGGGCAGUAGAUGACAAGCUAGAACGCUCUGCCCCAGCUCUAGUCUUCUUCUUUAUGUUGACAUGUCGGUUGGUGGUGGAGUGGCAAACUGAACGCCAAGAUAAAGCAGAGGCUGCUAAAGCAUCAGCAAAAGCGCCUUCUGUGGGACCUACCCAUUCUAACAUCCCAGCCAAACUAGCGAAGAACGAUUAAUCUGAAUUUUGGUGCCAUGACAGAAUAUGCUCUUUGUCUAAGUCAGUUAUGUUGUAGCAGUAUUGUGACAGUCUUGACUCUCUGUGGUUUUAAUUUAAUUUUCUAUUUGAUUAACUUAUUUUCCAUUUCACAAGAGUAGCAGUUAGAACGUUUUCAGACCGAAUGAUCUCGCACGCCCGAUCCAUAAUACAAUUGUGUUCUAUGCACAUUUUUCAUAAUAAAAUAAUUGUUUGUGGAAAUUAAA